AUGCCACAAGAGUUAAAAGAAAUUAGAGCUAUUGGUGUCCUUGAUUUCAAUGACUGGACCAAUCCAAAGGAAUUCACCUACAAGCCACAAGAGCUAAGACCUUAUGAUGUGGAAAUCAAGGUGGAGGCAUGUGGUAUCUGUGGAUCAGAUAUCCAUGCUGCCAACGGAGACUGGGGCCAGCCAUACACUCCGCUUGCAGUUGGACAUGAAAUCGUUGGUACUGUAGUGAAUGCGGGCCCGGACGCUAGAUUUAAGAUUGGUGACAGAGUUGGUGUUGGUGCAGAAUGUGAUUCAUGCCACACGUGUACAAGAUGUACCGAAGGCCAUCAAAAUACAUGCAAGAAGCAGGUAGGCACCUACCUUGGCGUGUAUCCAUCUGGCCAACCUACACAAGGUGGAUAUGCUUCGCAUGUCAGAGUCAACUCUGAGUUUGCGUUCAAGAUUCCAGAGAACAUGAAGUCGGAAGACGUUGCACCAUUGUUGUGUGGUGGUAUUACAGGCUUCAGACCGUUGAUGACGGCUGGAGUGAAGAAGGGCACGAAGGUUGGUGUGAACGGUAUCGGAGGUAUUGGACACAUGACGAUCCUAUUUGCCAAGGCUUUAGGUGCCGAGGUCACAGCAAUAUCCAGGACAUAUGCAAAGAAGGAGUUGGCAUCGAGCUUGGGAGCAGACCACUAUGUUGCGACAUCGGACAAGAAGGCAAUGGAGGAGCACAUGGACACGUUGGAGUUGAUUGUCAACACGGGUUCGUCGUUCUCGGAAGGAGCGAUUCAGGACGUGUUGUCCUUGUUGAGAGCCUACGGACACAUGACAUUCAUCACUGCACCACCUGUUAGUGAGAAGCUCACCAUUGAUCCAAUGUUCUUUUUAUUCAACAACAUCUCGAUUGGUGGUUCGGUUACUGGUUCUCCUAGCGAUAUUGAGUACAUGUUGGAAGUUGCAUCCAAAAACAACAUCAAGCCAAUGAUUGAGACAAUUGACAUUUCUGAGGAGAAUGUCAAGACUGCAUGGGAGAGGAUGGUUAAGGGUGAUGUUAGAUUCAGGUUUGUCUUGACUGGUUAUGAUAAAUAUUUUAAAUAG